AAAGUGAAACGGCUGAAACUGAAACUCAAUCCCCAGACCCCAAUGCACAUAAAUCAAAACUUCUUAGUUCAACCCAUUUAUCCCUCUCCCUGCAAUCUUCUCAUUUCCAUAGUAACUCAGGAGCAAUCGCGAUUUGCAUUUAUAAUUCAUCGCCCGGCGAUCGUAUUCCGUCUACGAGAAUCGUUCGAGAAAGAGAGGAGGCAGAUUCUCUCUGAUUUUUAGGGGGGAAGAAAAAAAUGGCGAACCUUCCUAAUUCGCUCUCCAUGAAUGCGCCUUUCGGAGGACCUGGCUCCAACCCUGGCGCCGCAGGAGCGCCGACGGGGAAGGAGCGGAGAUUGGCAUCUGCCGAGCACUUGGUGCUCGAGCUAAGCAACACGGACCUUCGAGAGAACGCUCUCCUCGAGCUCUCCAAGAAGAGAGAAUUAUUCCAAGAUUUGGCUCCAUUGCUGUGGAACUCCUUUGGAACAAUUGCUGCACUUUUACAGGAAAUAGUUUCUAUAUAUCCUGUUCUAUCCCCACCAAACUUAAGCCCAUCUCAAUCAAAUAGGGUCUGCAAUGCCCUUGCUCUGCUGCAGUGUGUUGCCUCUCAUCCGGAUACAAGGAUGUCGUUCCUUAAUGCUCAUAUACCUCUUUAUCUGUACCCUUUCCUCAAUACAACAAACAAGUCGAGGCCUUUUGAGUACUUGAGGCUUACUAGUCUAGGGGUCAUUGGUGCUUUAGUGAAGGUUGAUGACACUGAAGUCAUUAGUUUCCUUCUCUCAACUGAAAUAAUCCCCUUGUGUCUGCAUACCAUGGAGAUGGGGAGUGAAUUGUCAAAGACGGUCGCAACUUUUAUAGUCCAGAAGAUAUUACUGGACGAUGUGGGUCUUGAUUACAUCUGCACUACAGCAGAAAGGUUUUUCGCGGUAGGAAGAGUUCUGGGCAACAUGGUGACAACGCUUUCAGAACAGCCAUCUCCUAGGUUGCUGAAACAUAUUAUCAGAUGCUACCUUCGACUAUCUGACAAUCUCAAGGCAUGUGAUGCACUAAGGAGCUGCCUGCCGGAAAGGUUGAGAGAUGCCACCUUCAAUAGUUGUCUUCACGAAGAUCCGACAACAAGGCGAUGGCUGCAACAGUUGCUUCACAACGUCGGAGUGAACCGCGUUCCUACUGGACUUCAGGGUGGUGGAGGAUUUGAGCAUAUGUAAACUAGAAUCAUCAACCUGGAACAUGCAAUGAGGUUGAGGUUACCUUCCAGUUGGUGGUGUUGAUGUUAGGAUAAAAGUAAAAAGGAAUGGAAAAUGCUAGUAGUUGUAAGGCCUUUCUUGUCUAUGCUUCUAUCUCGAAGGAUGAAGCCUGAAACUUGUUCAUUUAAAUUUUAAAAUGUGGUCAGUGGGUUGGUUAAUUCAAAUUGGGUUGUAGAUUAGAUCGAAUAUUACUGUCUUCUUGUAUGGGGUUAUUUUGUGUUUGGUUUUCAAAGAAAAAGAGUAUGAAAAAAGGGCUACCGCUUAUGUUGGUAAACUAGAAUCAUCAACCUGGAACAUGCAAUGAGGUCGAGGUUACCUUCCAGUUGGUGGUGUUGAUGUUAGGAUAAAAUAGCUGUAAGGCCUUUCUUGUCUAUGCUUCUAUCUCGAAGGAUGAAGCCUGCAACUUGUUCAUUUAAAUUUUAAAAUGUGGUCAGUAGGUUGGUUAAUUCAAAUUGGGUUGUAGAUAAGAUCGAAUAUUACUGUCUUCUUGUAUGGG